CUUCUCUUCUAUUUAUUGGCCACACCACAACUAACAAACCUCUGUACCUAAAGCCCCUCCCAUCUUUUUCCCUUUGUCUAUUGGUUACUUCGGCCCUUCUCCAUGGCUAAGUUUGUUGCUUUCAUUCUGUUGGCCCUGCUUGCCAUUUCCAUGGUUCAGACCACCGUUUUGGCAUCGCAUGGCCAUGGUGGGCAUCACAAAAAACCUUAUGGUCCUGGUAGUCUGAAGAGUUCCCAAUGCCCAUCGCAAUGCUCAAGGAGGUGCGGCCAGACCCAGUACCACAAGCCCUGCAUGUUUUUCUGCCAGAAAUGCUGCACCAAAUGCCUGUGUGUGCCCCCAGGGUAUUAUGGGAACAAAGCUGUGUGCCCUUGCUACAACAACUGGAAGACCAAGGAAGGUGGCCCCAAGUGCCCUUAGAAAAUCCACAUUCAAAUCCUUAUUUACAAUAGUAGCUAGAUAUUUAUAAUUACAACUAGCUACUUGAUAUUGAGUCAUUGAGUAGUGACUCCAUAUAUUUAUUGUGUUUUUGGUGUUGUUUCCUUUGGAGCCAUGACUAUUAAGUAUUAAUUACUGAUGUAACCAGUCACACCAUCCUGUUGUUUAAAGAAUGGGAGGGGCUAAUCUAUGACUGGAUCUUUAUGUAUCCGAAUCGAGACGCUCUUGAUAA